GUCAGGGUCACCAUGUCCGGACGUGGUAAGCAGGGUGGUAAGGCUCGUGCUAAGGCAAAGACUCGUUCUUCUCGGGCAGGCCUCCAGUUCCCUGUGGGCCGUGUGCACCGCCUCCUCCGUAAAGGCAACUAUGCGGAACGGGUUGGGGCUGGUGCGCCAGUGUAUUUGGCGGCGGUGCUCGAGUACCUAACUGCCGAGAUUCUAGAGCUGGCAGGCAACGCGGCCCGAGACAACAAGAAGACUCGUAUUAUUCCGCGCCACUUGCAGCUGGCUAUCCGCAACGACGAAGAGCUCAACAAACUGCUGGGUAAAGUCACCAUUGCGCAAGGCGGUGUUUUGCCCAACAUCCAGGCGGUGCUCCUACCCAAGAAGACCGAGAGCCACCAUAAAACCAAAUAAGGAGCGUGGUUAGAAACUGUUGAAAAA